AUGCCCCUCCCCCAAAAUAGGAGGGCCAGUCUGGGAACCCACGUUCAGGUGGUGCACGACCUGCACGUAGACGCCCAGAGAGGGGUUCUCCAUCACGCUGUACGCUGGUGGUACCCUCCCGGUGGUAGACAAAACGAAAGUCGCGCGCAGUGGGGGGGAAUAGGGAGGAGCCUACGGGACUCUCUCAGAUCGAACGAAACACGACAGCAAAUCUGCCACUUGACUCCGGUUGCCAGUGAGAGAAUGGUUCUUCCCAGGCCGUGCCAGCCAAUUUGGCUGAUACCCGAAGUGGUGCAGCAUGGCACUACCACUAGUUGGGUUGAC